AUGUCAGGCCGACUGCUUCAAGGACCUGAUCGACCACAAGACCGUGUCGAUGAUCUCGAGGGUUUCGUGCACGCUAUUGUUUACCUCGCCUUCCGUUAUCAGAAGAGCACCAUCCCGGACGUUGACCUCGCGCGUAUCACGGCCGAAGUCUACGAUCAAUACGUGGAUUCCGGCAUACCAAAAGGAGGAGAGGGGAAGAAAGCCUUCUUCCAAGGGUCUACGCUGGACCAAGACGUGGUGGACGCGUCCUUCCCCGCUCCGCUGGCUGACUUGAUCAGCGACCUCCGCGACGUCUUUUCCUAUAUCUAUUCGUCCAAGCCAUCCGUUCCCAGGACGUACUUUUCGGCGACCAAGAAGCAAAAGCGACUUGCCGAAAUAGAGGCUCAUACGAAACGAGUGGCAGAUACUUUGAAGGCGCUCAACGACAGCUCCAACGAGCUCGUGGAAGUUUUUACUCACUCUCUUAAGAGAGCGGACUGGCCCAGAGGCGACAACGUCAACACUGCCAUGGACCACCUCCCCCGUACGCGCAAUACCGGAAUGAUGACCCAGAUCGAUACAGGGCGGCAGCUCAAGUUUCACGUCCCGAAACGCAAACGGGACGGCGACUCCUCCUCCUUCAAAAGGAUUCAAUCUAUGGUCAACCGGGAUCUCUUCACGAAGAGAUCUCUGGCGAGGAGGAAGUCAACGAUUCAGAAUCGAAUGAUGAGGCCUAUGCUAGAAAGGGGUGCUGAGGACACGUACGCGGGCUCAGUGACUGAAUUGGGCUCUUGUCCUUCGACGUGUUUCUCGAACUCAGGGCUUCCAGUAUCCUCCUCCAGCUACAUCUACGUUCGGCGACACGCUCUCGAGCCCCUCGACGCCUUCCCCACGACUUCUAUCUCGCUCGGAAUCGUUGAACAUGGGAACCACCGUCCUGAGAAGGAUUUCACCAGGGAACUUAGCAGUUCAUGUCUGCCCGCCUACUUCAGGAACCUACUGAGGAGCAAGACCGCGCCGAUUACCUUGAAGCAUUUGUACACGUCCUCGUAUACCUCGCGUUCCGCUUUCAAAAAAGCAGCGUCCUCGCCCACGAUCUCGCACGCAUCAUGGCUACUAUUUACGAUCAACAAGUCGACUCUGACAUACCCAAAGGUGGAAUGGGAAAGAUGGCUUUCUUCCGCGGAGAUUUGGAACAUCUGGAGACGGCCCGUGACCGAAUCCUUCCCUGCGCCACUAGCCGACUUGAUCAAUGACCUCCGCCAGAAUUUCCACAUUCUCUACUUACCCUCACCACAAUCCCUGCCGCCCUAUUUCCCCGAGCAUCAGAAGAAGGCACGUGAAGACGCUAUCAAGGCUCAUGCGGACCAGGUCACAGAUAUAGGCUCUGACCAUCCGUUAUAUUUGACGUGA